AUGUUAGGAGAACGGAUAGUACCAUCUCCACGAACAGGUUCGCCCUGGUCGGCACGUCUCUCCACCUCGGCAUCCACCAGCGCAUCCACCACGGCGCCACCUACGCCACCUUCCCACCAUCCUUUUGGUAGUAACGUCCAUGAUUUGAAUCUACUCGAUGGCACUCGAGCAAACGACGCCAAGGACCACGAUCACCAUAGCCUCCCCGCACUGCACCUACUCAACAUGUCGUGCGACGAUGCGCUCUCCGACCUCAGCGAUGAGGCUGAUGGCUUCUUCUCGCUCGAUAUGGACGUCAGCAUCGAUCAGCAGCUCGAGGGCCACGCGCCGCCCGCACCUGCACCGCGCAACGGCCACAUGGCAUCCGCAUCACCAGCGCUUGGCAAUCCUGCUGUGCGCAGAGCAUCCGAGACAACCGCAUACUCGUCUUCACCCCUUCAGGCCGUCGGUCUCGAUCCCAUUAUGGCUUCUCGAUCCCGCAACUCUCCCGCACUCGCUCCCGUCCACGCUGCUGGAGACUACACUGCAAACGCAUCUUCUGCAGCCAAUGUUGACACUGCAAAUGCAUCCCCACCUUCUUCGUUCGGUCCGAUCGCGCCAGAGGUGGAUCAGAAGGGCAACCUCGAAUACAAGCUCAAGAUCCUCCCUCCUAGCAGAGAGCGCUUCGAUCGGCUCGUCACCCAACUCAAAUGGAGGCUGCUCGAAGGCGGUGGGCUUGCUGUGUACGAGAUUGGCGUGCUCGACGAUGGUACGCUGAUCGGUCUCGAUUCAGACUCGAUGAAGGACUCGCUUAAGCUCUUGUCUCUGAUGGCAGCCGAAGUACGCGCCACCUGCCACGUUCAGCGGGUCCUAGCGUUAGAGAAGGUAGCUGUGUCUGCCAAUGGCGAUCAUGAAGCCACGAUGCCCGCAGCAUCCUCCGCCUCCUCGCGCCUAGCUUCAUCCGAGUCAGCUCUCAGCCUUCGAGCGCUAUCUCCAGCACGAGCACAGGAGACACUGCAGCCAUACAUCCUCACCGCACCGCAUCUCAACGAGGAUACACGCACUGAUCUUGUCGAAACAGGCUCAGCUGGACUGUACCGCUUCGACAUUGCAGAGCAACAGCAGCAGCUCCCAAUACCUCCCCCUCUAGCCGACUUGCAUGCCAGCCCCUCGAGCUUGAUGGUCGCUUCCACAGUUGCAGCUGUCGACCCCACUGACACGGCUGCCCUUGCCAGUAUUGGUGCAAAUGACGCCGAGUUGGCUGUAUCCGCUCAAACCAAACGACGUCUUCUCAAGUCUACCAUCCAUCCAGGAAGCAACGGUUCCGCAGCGUCUCGAGCCAAAAAGCAUGUUCUGCAGGGACGCGACCAAUCCGCCAUCGUCUACCUCCCCUCAAAGGAAGAGAAGCGCAUCCUUCGCGCAGCUGAAGCAGCCGAGCACGACGCAGCCACCAUGGCCGCCGCAGCACCGCACCAGCACGAAGCAGCCGUGGACAGGGCGCUGUCGCACACCGAGGCACAGGAACGCAAGAUGAUGGCCAAGAUGACGCGCGUCGCCGACUCGAUCCAGCCCAAAACCGCGCGGGCUCGGGCUCGAGCGCGCAAGUCGGUGUCUACAGCCAACGCAGCAGCAUCCGACUCGGCGAGUCCGUCGCCGACGCCUUCGCCCGCGAUGAAAGCCGUGAAUGCGUCGUCGUCUCCGUCCAUCACGGCUUCCGCGACCGCGACAGGUGCGUAUGCAGGAUAUGAGAAUGUCAUGUCCGGGUUUGGCGUGCUGUCAGAGCGGGCUGCGCGGACGUUGUAUGGAGGACUGGAGGCGGAGGCAGAGGGGGUGGAAGUGGCGGACACAGGUGUAAGGGCGAGGUUGAUCGUCGAAGCUGUGGUGAGGAGGCGUGCUGAUCUGGAGGAGAACCGUGUUUGA